CGUGAUAGUAGAAAGUGAGUAUAGAAAACUGAACAGUCCAUUUUUCCUAUUUGUGUUGGUGCUCUUGUUAUAAGUAUUUUUUCCUUUCCGGCAAGGAUGGUGUCCUCAAGAAACCGUACCAGGCGCAAGGCUAACCUUUGUCGCCAUGUCGGCUUUUCUCUCGUUUCUCUGUUCCUCGCGUCACACGAGACUGCGGCUUCGCGGAUUGCGUUGAGGAAACACACAAGAACCAGCAAUGCACACACGCAAAAUAUGCAGGUGAUGCCCACGGUAAGAAGUUUUAACUCCUACCGGAGCACGAUCAACUCGGGUUUUCCAGGGCGUACAAGUUUUCUUCACCGCGGAGCAGAGCAGCAAGAGUCUCUGUUACAGGAGAGCGCAGCGUUACGGACACAAAUCAUGCAUGCGACGCAAUACUAUGUUAUGGCUCGAACUGAUAGUCAUUGUACUGAACCUACAGGAGGGAACAACUUGUAGGCGGGAUCAUCAUGGAGCCAGAAGUUCUUAUACUAUCGAAUCUUUCAUUUAUACUAUAUAGCCUCCAAAUCCAAGUACUAUAGUAUAAUAUACUAGCCUCCACAAGCUUCGCCCGGCUUCAAGUUACUUUAGCACUUUCCUGCGGCCUCCCACGGGCUACAGCCGCUAGAGUAGAGACAGCCCGCGGGUGAGCUGUUGCACCCUACGAAUUGACUACGACAAGAGCCGGGCGCCGGCGGUGGCCGACUCAGAUGCGUCGACUCAUGUGCAGGGGAUUGCGCUGCCUUCGGUUUUUUUUUGAGAUUGCCGGGGGGGUCAUGCAAAUUNUAGAAAAUUAAUAAUAUAGAAAAUUAAUAAUAUAGAAAAUUAAUAAUAUAGAAAAUUAAUAAUAUAGAAAAUUAAUAAUAUAGAAAAUUAAUAAUAUAGAAAAUUAAUAAUAUAGAAAAUUAAUAAUAUAGAAAAUUAAUAAUAUAGAAAAUUAAUAAUAUAGAAAAUUAAUAAUAUAGAAAAUUAAUAAUAUAGAAAAUUAAUAAUAUAGAAAAUUAAUAAUAUAGAAAAUUAAUAAUAUAGAAAAUUAAUAAUAUAGAAAAUUAAUAAUAUAGAAAAUUAAUAAUAUAGAAAAUUAAUAAUAUAGAAAAUUAAUAAUAUAGAAAAUUAAUAAUAUAGAAAAUUAAUAAUAUAGAAAAUUAAUAAUAUAGAAAAUUAAUAAUAUAGAAAAUUAAUAAUAUAGAAAAUUAAUAAUAUAGAAAAUUAAUAAUAUAGAAAAUUAAUAAUAUAGAAAAUUAAUAAUAUAGAAAAUUAAUAAUAUAGAAAAUUAAUAAUAUAGAAAAUUAAUAAUAUAGAAAAUUAAUAAUAUAGAAAAUUAAUAAUAUAGAAAAUUAAUAAUAUAGAAAAUUAAUAAUAUAGAAAAUUAAUAAUAUAGAAAAUUAAUAAUAUAGAAAAUUAAUAAUAUAGAAAAUUAAUAAUAUAGAAAAUUAAUAAUAUAGAAAAUUAAUAAUAUAGAAAAUUAAUAAUAUAGAAAAUUAAUAAUAUAGAAAAUUAAUAAUAUAGAAAAUUAAUAAUAUAGAAAAUUAAUAAUAUAGAAAAUUAAUAAUAUAGAAAAUUAAUAAUAUAGAAAAUUAAUAAUAUAGAAAAUUAAUAAUAUAGAAAAUUAAUAAUAUAGAAAAUUAAUAAUAUAGAAAAUUAAUAAUAUAGAAAAUUAAUAAUAUAGAAAAUUAAUAAUAUAGAAAAUUAAUAAUAUAGAAAAUUAAUAAUAUAGAAAAUUAAUAAUAUAGAAAAUUAAUAAUAUAGAAAAUUAAUAAUAUAGAAAAUUAAUAAUAUAGAAAAUUAAUAAUAUAGAAAAUUAAUAAUAUAGAAAAUUAAUAAUAUAGAAAAUUAAUAAUAUAGAAAAUUAAUAAUAUAGAAAAUUAAUAAUAUAGAAAAUUAAUAAUAUAGAAAAUUAAUAAUAUAGAAAAUUAAUAAUAUAGAAAAUUAAUAAUAUAGAAAAUUAAUAAUAUAGAAAAUUAAUAAUAUAGAAAAUUAAUAAUAUAGAAAAUUAAUAAUAUAGAAAAUUAAUAAUAUAGAAAAUUAAUAAUAUAGAAAAUUAAUAAUAUAGAAAAUUAAUAAUAUAGAAAAUUAAUAAUAUAGAAAAUUAAUAAUAUAGAAAAUUAAUAAUAUAGAAAAUUAAUAAUAUAGAAAAUUAAUAAUAUAGAAAAUUAAUAAUAUAGAAAAUUAAUAAUAUAGAAAAUUAAUAAUAUAGAAAAUUAAUAAUAUAGAAAAUUAAUAAUAUAGAAAAUUAAUAAUAUAGAAAAUUAAUAAUAUAGAAAAUUAAUAAUAUAGAAAAUUAAUAAUAUAGAAAAUUAAUAAUAUAGAAAAUUAAUAAUAUAGAAAAUUAAUAAUAUAGAAAAUUAAUAAUAUAGAAAAUUAAUAAUAUAGAAAAUUAAUAAUAUAGAAAAUUAAUAAUAUAGAAAAUUAAUAAUAUAGAAAAUUAAUAAUAUAGAAAAUUAAUAAUAUAGAAAAUUAAUAAUAUAGAAAAUUAAUAAUAUAGAAAAUUAAUAAUAUAGAAAAUUAAUAAUAUAGAAAAUUAAUAAUAUAGAAAAUUAAUAAUAUAGAAAAUUAAUAAUAUAGAAAAUUAAUAAUAUAGAAAAUUAAUAAUAUAGAAAAUUAAUAAUAUAGAAAAUUAAUAAUAUAGAAAAUUAAUAAUAUAGAAAAUUAAUAAUAUAGAAAAUUAAUAAUAUAGAAAAUUAAUAAUAUAGAAAAUUAAUAAUAUAGAAAAUUAAUAAUAUAGAAAAUUAAUAAUAUAGAAAAUUAAUAAUAUAGAAAAUUAAUAAUAUAGAAAAUUAAUAAUAUAGAAAAUUAAUAAUAUAGAAAAUUAAUAAUAUAGAAAAUUAAUAAUAUAGAAAAUUAAUAAUAUAGAAAAUUAAUAAUAUAGAAAAUUAAUAAUAUAGAAAAUUAAUAAUAUAGAAAAUUAAUAAUAUAGAAAAUUAAUAAUAUAGAAAAUUAAUAAUAUAGAAAAUUAAUAAUAUAGAAAAUUAAUAAUAUAGAAAAUUAAUAAUAUAGAAAAUUAAUAAUAUAGAAAAUUAAUAAUAUAGAAAAUUAAUAAUAUAGAAAAUUAAUAAUAUAGAAAAUUAAUAAUAUAGAAAAUUAAUAAUAUAGAAAAUUAAUAAUAUAGAAAAUUAAUAAUAUAGAUUAAUAAUAUAGAUUUUUUUUUUGUUAUGUUUUUUAUCUAUCAACUUAUAAGAAUUUUUCCCCUCGUGCCCUCUCACUCUAAUAUCUGAGAUAUUACUGUAGGAGGCCAGAAAUUCGGUGUCAUUUUUGACAGUGGAAGUGGCCACCUACUAAUUCCUGGUCCCAAAUGCGAGUCGCCCGCAUGCAAACAGAAGGGGCGACACGUCUACAACUCGAAACAAAGCGGGAAAGGAAUGGCUAUCGGUAUGUAGAUAUCAUUGCUUAAUAGUAGUAGUAGUGGUAGUAGUAGCAGUGGUAGUAGUAUUAGUAGCCGCAGUCGGAUUAGCAGCGUGCUUCUUAGUUAGUUGCUUAAAACUUCGACUUUUUUCUGAGUACACAUCACAGUCAGUUAGUUUAACGUGAUUGAUUCGUUCGCAAUAGCAUGACACACAUCACAGUCGUUCUUUCAACAACCACCUCCAAGGUUGGACGGACGACCCAGUGACCCCUGUGGAUGAGGACUCCGAGGAUCGCGAUGUCACUUCGAUAUCCUUCGCUGCUGGAGAGGUAGUCGGCAACUACUACCGAGACGAAGUCUGUCUCGGAACAGGGUUCUGCGGAAUGGCUGACUUCAUUGCUAUGCAGGAGGAGUCCGACAAUCCGUUCCGCGACAGCACGUGGGACGGCGUGCUAGGCUUAGGCCAGGAUCUCACCGACAAUCCGGAAUUCGCAGUUUUGCAGGCUUUGUUCCGGACAAACGCAAACGGGAACGCAAAUGAUAAUGGGAAAGCUGCACCAUACACGACGUCAUCAGUCUUUUCCUACUUUUUGCAUGAUUUUGGAGGAGAAAUGAAUUUCGGUCCACAGGCGGUUGAAUCUCGCAUACGUCCUGGGGCACAGGUUUUCACGGUGCCUGUCAGCGUCGAUGGCUACUGGCAGUUCGCGGUCGACGACAUUACGAUUGGCGGGAAGAAAACCGGUCUUUGCAAAGCUUACAAGGGGGUACUAUUUCUAUAAUCUACUAUAAUGUAUAAGUUAAAGUUACCUACUAUUUCUAUAAUUUACUAUAAGUUCCUUUAAUUUUUGUGUUUGGAUUUUGAGUGUACUCUCGUCCUUGACAACCAUAAAUUCAGGGCAAAUGCCAAGCGGUUGUGGACACGGGUUCGUCUCUCCUUAUGGCACCUGCGAACCUCCUAGGUGAGAUCAGUGAGAAGCUGAAUAUUGACGACAAAUGCCACAAGAAGCACAUCGACUCCAUCGGCUUCUUAGUGCAGGACCACAAUCUCGAAUUGGUACCGGAGGAAUUUCUGGAUCGCGAUGAGAAUUAUGGCUUCAUUUUCAUCUGUAAGUCACUAUUUUAUAAUCAUCCAUGAUUUGAGAUUAGCAGAAGAUACAGAACCAUCUUUCUUGGAGCAAGCUCCACCUCCGGAGUGAACCGACUCUAAGAAAAGAAGGACGAAUGCCUUAUUGCGAUGAUGCCAAUUGGCGAUACGGGUCGCGGACCGAUCUUCGUGCUCGGCUACCCAUUCCUGCGCAACUUCAUGACGACAUUCGACUUCGACCACAAACAGCUGAAGUUCGUUGCAAAAGCAGACGUCUUGGCGGAUAAGACGGAGACGGCGGACUCGGGAGGCCUGCAUCUUACGGGAGCUAGACCGAGCUAAGUGGGCGUACUUAUACUGUGUACUAUCAGUACAAGUAGUCAAAAAUUAUUCAAUAGAUGCAGUCAAGAAAAGAUUUUUAUUGGUGAGUAAAGAUUGAAAUUGAAUGAACAUGUUGAGCAAGAAGGCCGAUUUCCGUGAAGAUAGUUUUCGUCAGCGUGAAGAUGUUGUACCAUCAGAUGCACAGAUCCAACAGCACGUCAUUCUUUUCUGUCCACAUUGUGAAUAAGUAGAUGAGGUAGACUCUAAGAGGUCCCUGUCUAGGUCUAAUCGAAUUCUCCAGUGACUAAUUUUGGCUCCUGACUGGACCUGCACAGUACCUGCAGAGAUCCAGCACACUCAUUAUUUGGAAUCUCACCUUUCUUCUCAUUUAUUUUUUCCAUAAACCGAGGCUGUCAACAUCUGAAUUCCUGUAGGAAGAUCACGCCUUCUUCUUGUAUAGAUUUGCAAAUUUGUCGGCAGGCGUACUGGAAGGUGCAACCGUCCUACCCAGGCGUGUGAAAUUCGGAUACCCAGCGAAGAACGAAUAGUUGGCAUUCUUUUAGUAUCGAUCUAUUGAG